AUGUGCGCUUGGAACAACCACUUCUGUUGGCCUGGACGGUGUAUUGAUCAACUCACUACUACAUGUACCUGUGCCGCCGGCUUCAGAAAGGUAGCGACAUCCGGCGAGACAAGCUGCCAGCCAACAAAAGCACCGUCUAUAGUGACAUGUCAUACUCGUCUAGUAGGGCAGAAUGGGGCAGAUAAGAAGACUAAAGGAUACGGAGAUGUUCAAGCGUGUAGUCAUUUAAAAGACAUGUAUGGAAACUUUCAACCUGCAUUCUUUCAGUUUGUGAUGUGGACGACAUACAACGUCAGUGCCACAAAUUACCCGAUGCCGAGUUACAUAGCUGAAUACAAACUGGGCGUGGCAGAUACAACUGUACAUGUUAAAAAGAAUUUUGUCAAUGGAUCAGUUGUAACAUUAGGAAGUCAUCCGCAGUUGGCUACUUCGGCAUCAAGUGAGGAUGUGACGGUAGAACAACGUGAUAGUGCAAGCAUCUCUGUAUCGUCAGAAAGGCACAGCCUUCAAUACGGAGACUCGCUUUGCCUUGAAUUCGAAGCAUAUGCUGGAGGAUAUCUUAAAAGUAAAAAUCUUAUAUCACAAACUGUAAAUAAUGCUGUUCCAUAUAAGAAAGUGAGGUCGACAAACACAAUCUGCUAUAUAUACGACAAUAUUUCACCAAGACACUGCAGAGAAGAGGGGACAUGCCACACAGAACCUCUAAGGAUCGAAAGACCAAUCACACGUUCUCCAUUUAAUAAGGUAAUAUUCACUGGAUGGAAGGAUCCCAUUCCAACAGAUGGAUCAACCACGCGAGUAUCAGGCAUAGAGAGGUAUACGGUUUAUGUUAACGAAGUAAUAUCAACUAAAGGACAUUUGAGGGUUGACUAUUCAACAAUGUAUAUAAAAACACUAAAAAGCACGGAUACUGAUGCCGCUAUAUAUCUAAAGCCUGACAAACCAACUUUGUAUUUAGUAAAACUUGAAGUAAAAGAUUUUGCUGAUAAUGUCCAACAGGCAAGAAGGUUCUUGCUCUAUGACGAUGUAUCCUUCAUAGAAGCAAGGGAAGAAGUUCCUUUGAUAGUUAAUACAGCAUCAAGACUUUCUAACUAUAGCUGGCAGACACAUCAAACUAUUUGCCUCUCAUGGAAAGACCAUUUCCUCAACAGGUUUUAUGUAGGUGAUGAGUUACUAAGUCCGAUAGAGUCUGACCAAGAUGGACUUUUCUCUGGCGUUUAUGAACAGACCACAGGUUUAUUGUCAAUAUAUGGUACGCCAAAUGUUUAUGGAAUAAUAAAGUUUUUGGUGUCAGUGUAUAUCAACGGUAAACAACACCUUUCAGCAAUUGAAUCUCCUGAUCUUCAAAACCAGUCCUACUGCAGAAAGUUCAGUGUAAAAGAUGGCGACGAAUGUAUUUUUAUGAUUCAACCAGUUGACAUAGCUGGCAACACAUAUACAGAAAACGUAACCGUUUUUAUAGACCAGUCUGAACCAGAAAUUGAAUUUAGAAAUUUGUCUAAUUUAAUUGACAGACAUGAAACGAUAGAACUGCCUUCUUUCCAUAAGAUAGAGUUCGGAGCACGAGAUCCUCAUAGCGGUGUACGCAAUAUUGUUUGGACUUUUGGAAUAGCAAAUUCAAGCACAGAAAUAUCAACGGGUGAUAUGAGCGUUUACAGCUUCAGUAACUUUCACUCUUGUCAGAAUCGGACGCCAAGCUGUUACUGCCCAGCAAGUGGAUCGUGUGAAUUAUAUGAAUACACACUACCAGAAAACAAAAUGAAUUUGUGUGAUGAUCGUGUGAAAAAAGCUUCUACAAGGAACUUUUAUGUGACAAUCACUGUUACAAACAACGCCUUUCUUAACUAUACAAUGUAUGUUGACGUCUUGAUUAACGAGGCAGGUGUAAAACAGUUAUGCAAAACAAACGAUUUACCUCUUUACGCCGGUCUGUCAAGUGGAAUAUCAGUAUUUCUGGUCGUUUUUCUUGCAUUUCUUGUCGUUUUCAUAGUACGAAGGAGAAGACGGAAUCGGGGCACGGCCAAGAAUAUCGAGCUGGAAAGUUAUGAGAACCUGGACGUGUGUUUUAACAGUCAUUCCAAUGACACCCACGGACAACAAGCAAGAAGAAAAGCCGCAAAGGAGAAAAAAAUUGAAAGUUAUCAAGAGCUGGAUGCCAAAGCCCUCUGUAGUGGCGACUCCUAUGACGUCAUAACAGAUCAGCCUUCAGAGGAUCGCAGAACACAAACCCUAAGGAGUACACAGGAGGAUGAGUCCCGAGGAAAAAGCAACGUUUAUGAGGACAUUACCCCAACUGUUGCCUUGGUAAAGACGAAGUCUCCUCCUCUUCUACCAAAGCGUAUGAAAGUGAAGCCAAACGUACAAGAAAUCCCGACUGAAAUGCACAUUUACGAGAAUACAAUGCUGACGCCUAUUCCCAGAUCAUAAUAUCUAGAGCUCACGACAUUACAAAUACACUCUUUGUUGAAGAAUCACGUGUGUGCAUUUGUAUUACAGGAGGUAUAUCACAGACAUUGUAUCCGAUUUUGUGCGUAAAAUUCUUGCACAUUUACUUUCAUCUUUUUGGCCGUUAAUUGUUCAUAAACGGAUACGGGACACAAACACGCUACAUGAGAUUUUGAUGAACUAGAGAUUUAAAAGACAAAGAAUUGACAUAGUGUGUGUGUUGACCCAUACCACGAAGCAACUUAAAUAAUUCGUGGAAAAGUUCCAUAUAAUGUAUUCUUCACUUAUAUUUAAACCUUGUGAAUUAGAUGCAAUCCCUACAUAUAUUUUGAAAGAGCAUAAUAUUAUCCAGCCAUUUAAACCAGUUAUCACUGAAAUAAUAAAUCGUUCAUUGGGCAGUGGUAUAUUUCCUCAGUCAUGGAAGAGUGAUGUGAUCAGACCAUUGCUGAAAACGAAUGGCUUGGAACAAUAGGCCAGUCUCAAAUCUAUCAUUUCUAUCAAAAACAAGAGCUGUCCGAUGACAGCGCGCUCGACUAUUCGAAGAAUUGAUUGAAGAAUGGGGUCAAAAUAUUUCCACGGAUAUUCAGACAAAAGAAAUAAAUAGAUUAGACAAACAAUGUUCCUGUAUUACUAUGAUUUCGAUAAGUCUUGCACUAAAUGGCAAUAUAUGAGUCAGUUUCAAAGUCCAAAAAGGGUCAUAAUUCAGUCAAAAUAGUUAUGUACUCUUGCCUACAGAUGGAAAUCAUAAUGAUAAACAAGUGUUCAAAGUUUGAAAGUCAUAUGUCAAAUAGUUUUGACAAAACAUGGACUUGUAUGAAAACAGAACCAAUUUCAAAAUCCAAAAAGGACCAUAAUUCAGCCAAAAUAAAUGACAGAGUUAUGUUCUCUUUCCUACAGAUAGAGACAAUUAUACUAAACAAGUGAUAAAAGUUUCAAAGCCAUAUGUCAAACACUUUACAAAAAAUAUGAACUGGUACGAAAAACUUAACCAAGAUUUCUAAGUCAAAAGGGGCCAUAAUUCAGCCAAAAUACUUGAUGGAGUUAUGUACUCUUGCCUAUAACUGGACAUGGUGAUGGUAAACAGGUGUUGAAAGUUUCAAAGCUUUAUCUCAAAAGACUUUGUCAAAAUAUGAACUGGUACGAAAUAUUAACCCAGAUUUCUAAGUCAAAAAGGGCCAUAUUUCAGCCAAAAUCCUUGAUGGAGUUAUGUGCUCUUGCCUAUAACUGGACAUGGUGAUGGUAAACAAGUAUUGAAAGUUUCAAAGCUUUAUCUCAAAAGACUUUGUCAAAAUAUGAACUGGUACGAAAAACUUAACCAUGAUUUCUAAUUCAAAAGGGGCCAUAAUUCAGCCAAAAUCCUUGAUGGAGUUAUGUACUCUUGCCUUUAACUGGACAUGGCGAUGGUAAACAGGUGUUGAAAGUUUCAAAGCUUUAUCUCAAAAGACUGUCAAAAUAUGAAGUGGUACGAAAUAUUAACCCAGAUUUCAAAGUCAAAAAGGGCCAUAAUUCAGCAAAAAUCCUUGAUGGAGUUAUGUUCUCUUGCCUAUAACUGGACAUGGUGAUGGUAAACAAAUAUUGAAAGUUUCAAAGCUUUAUUUCAAAAGACUUUGUCAAAAUAUGAACUGGUACGAAAAACUUAACCAUGAUUUCUAAGUCAAAAGGGGCCAUAAUUCAGCCAAAAUCCUUGAUUGAGUUAUGUGCUCUUGCCUAUACCUGGCCAUGAUGAUGGUAAACAAGUGUUGGAAGUUUCAAAGGUUUAUCUCAAAAGACUUUGUCAAAAUGUGGACUGGUACGAAAAACUUAACCCAAGGUGUGACGCCGACGCCGACACCGACGCCGACGCCGUGGUGAGUAGGAUAGCUCUACUUAUUCUUCGAAUAGUCGAGCUAAAAAACUGAAGAAAGUAGUACUGAAUCAAAUUGUUGAUCAUGUGGAAAACAACAACUUUUUCUACCAUAUCAAAGCGCCAUAUGAAAGCGCGCAUCGCGAAAAACCGUGGAGUUGAAACAGCAUUAACCCUUAGCCUGCUAAAUUUCUACAUUCUAUUUCGGCAAUACCAUUUAUUAUUUGAAGAGGUGUUCACUGAAAAGUUCCUGACUGAAUAGCAAACAGUGCAGACCAUGAUUAGACUGCACGGAUGUGCAGGCUAAUCUUGGUCUGCACUGGUCGCAAAGGCAGAAUAACUUGCUGCCAGCAGGCUAAAGGUUAAUACAGAUGCAUAGAGACUUGUUAGGUGACAAUUAGUUGCCCUGGUUGUCUUAAGAGACCUUAGUGCAGCUUUUGACACAGUGGACAUUCAAACCGUACUUAAGUUUACAGAAUGAUUUAGGUCUAAAGGAUACACAUUUGUGUCGGAUUGAACAAUGCAGGUUGUAGUGAAUCAUAAAUUUUCCAGAGUAGGCGAUCUUCAGUUUAGGCUUCCUCAAAGUACUGCGCUAGUCAACAUAUUUUUACAAUGUAUAUUGCUGCACUAAACAAGGUAGUGCGUAAUUACCCUGUUGAAUUGUAAGAAUAUGCAGAUUAUCACAAGCUUGCUAUAAGGUUCUGUGCUGGAGAUGUUGACAGUGAGAGCUCCACAUUAAAUAAUCUAUAUGAGUGUCUUCAGGAUGUAAUAAUCUGGAUGAAAAAUCACAAAUUGAAAAUAAACAAUUCUAAAACAGAAGUUAUGGUCUGUGGAGCCAAAAAUCAAUUUUCAAAGCUAAAUAUCUUAUCUGUUGAGGUCGUUGGAGUUCUGGUAAAAUGUGUUGAUCAUGUAAAAGAUUUGGGUGUUCUGAUUACAAACGACAAAGUUUGAUCGUCACAUUAGAAAUAAAUGCCAAAUUGCCCGUUACCAAUUAAACCAACUGAAUUGUAUAAGAGGCUAUUUAACAAAGAAAAAUACAGAAACUUUGGUACAUAGAUUAAUACAUUCACAUCUAGAUUUUUGUAAUGGCCUGUUUACGGCCAUUCCAGAAUAUCAGUUAGACAGAUUACAGAAAGUACAAAAUCAUGCAGCAAGAAUAGUAAUGCAAAUUCAGUAUUAUGAAUAUAUUACACCGGUUCUCAAAACUUUGAACUGGUUUUCUGUGCGAGCAAGAAUAAUGUUUUAAGUUCUUGUGCUUGUUUUUAGAUCUAUUACAGCGUUACCAGUAGCACAGAAUAAUACGUAUCGUGUAAUAAAUAUAUCCCAGUGAUAUAGAUUUAGUAAUUAUCCACGCCCAUUGAAUAAAAAUUACUAGUUCUCGACUUGCUGAAAGCAUGUAUGUUGAGAACAUUUAUACAAAAGAUUUCGUUUUUGUUGGGUUUUAAGUCACGUCAUAUGGCGACUUUCCGGCUUUUGGUGGUGAAGGAAGACCCCAGAUGGCCCUCCAGGCAGUAUUUCAUCAAGAGACAGGGCACUUGGGUAGAACCAUCGAUGUUUCGUCAGCCAGCUAGAUGGCUGAUGGCUUCCUCAGAUGGAGAAUUCAACGCUCCAAGCGGAGCUCGAACCGACAUCCGCGACAGGCACGCGAUUUAAAAUCAGCGACCUUAACCUCUUGGCCCCGGAGGCCCCACAGAAGAUUUUAAGUGGUACUAGCAUGUGCCUCAUUAUUCAUAUUUUGUUUCAGCACUUACUGUUCACCUGCCUCAUGUCAUAACUUAAAUUUACAGCCAAAAACAGAAUUUGCUGAGCUGUAUUCUUGUAUGUUGUUUUUUUUUUCUUCGCAGUAUUUAGUAUGUUAAUAUUUCUGCUAUUAACAAUGCUUUCUUACUUAAAAAAAGUUGUCCAAAUAACUGUUAUGCAUAAUACUAUGGUUAAAAAAAGCAAUAAUUUCAAUACUGCCCAUGAAUUUAUACAGUGGAGUCGUACAGAUGGGUAAUCAAAAACAUUGUAUUCAAUAAAACUUAUAUAAAUCUGUAUUCAAACCUUUCACAAAUAUUAUGGAAGACAGUUACUGAAGAUAGCAUUUAACAAGCAAUUUAAAUAUUUCAUGUUGAUAACGAAGAUGUGGCAGCACACUAUAAACAAAGGCAUUAUGAGCCUUUAAUGCUAUGCCCUUAUAAUCUAAUUUGUUAGUAAAUUGAACAAGGUGCACUACACAAAAAAUUGUUAUUGAACUUCUUUUCUCAUAGUUAUAAGCUGGGAAUUUCCGAGAUGUUCUCGAGUGUCUCCCACCUAAGAGGCAAGUUCUGGUUCCUUCCAGGAAAGACGGUUUCGCGUGAAUCGGUGCUAUGCACCGAACACGUUAAAAGAACCACACUAUUUGCAAAGAGCUAGGAUAAGGUAGCAGGAAAGGCCUGAAUCUAAUGGAUUUCUUUCCAUAUUGUGUGGGCUUUCUCUCACUCUAUCCCUCCGGUCAGAUCACACUGUACUAAAUUACAAUAAAUUUGGCGCCCGGAAUGGUUGUCUCUGUGCUAGGUAAAGCGCCUUUGAAUGAAAGGGCGCUAUAUAAAAUCUUGUAUAUUUAUUAACAUUUGCUAACAAAAUGCUGCCUCGCUCUUUACGAUCUAUACCAGCGCUGUAUCCGGGUUCGAAUUAUAACAAGAUAGUAGGGGCGUACGCAGUUGGAAUAUUUCAUUCUGGAGAAUUUUUUAUCGAUUAAAUGUCAAAUUACUUCAUUUCAAAGAAAACAUCAAUGCAGGGUAACGAAAAAUGUUACAGACCUGCAUCAUGAAGGGGAUUUUCUAUCACAAAGUUGUUAAUGUUAUCUGGAUGAUGAGUUAUAUUCUGUCCAUGAAAUUUAAUACGAUUUCAGAGUGUUACGUGACAAUCACGUUAGAAAAAAAUAAUUGAUUAAAUUUUGACAUAGAGCUAUGUUUUAUUCUUUUUUUUCUUUAUUUUUGCAGUUUU